CGCAGACUUCGACCUCGACUAGAGUCGACAUCUCAACGCGAAGAAAGUGACGUGAACCGUGUAGUGAUUGUGAAUUAAAAUGUUAGUGUGAACAGUGAAUAAUAUAUCAAGGCUACGGAGCCCGCACCGCUAGAGCCAAGCGUCGCGUGAUGGCGCAUGGAUCUUGCGCGGACGGCGUGGUGCGCGGCUCUGGUGCUGGCCUCGCUGGCAGCGGCCGGCCCGCGCUACAGCUCGCGCAUCGUGCACACGCAUGCAGGAGCAAUACGCGGCAUCAUAGUGGAACCGGCGUCGCGUCGCCUGGAGCCCGUGGAGGUGUUCUGGGGGGUGCCGUACGCGAGCGCCCCGGAGCGCCUGGCGCCGCCGCCCGCGCUGCCCGCCUGGCCCGGCACCCGCCUCGCGGAUGCGUUCGCGCCGGUCUGCCCGCAGCGAUUCCCAGACAUAUCCAACAGGAGUGCAGCGCUGUCCAAAAUGCCGCUGGGGCUGUACAACGAGCUGAAGGCCAGCGCUCCCCUCCUAGCCAAUCAGAGCGAAGACUGUCUCUACCUCAACAUCUAUGUUCCCGGUAGCGGUGCGCGAGGCGUGGAAGCGCCAUACGCGGUGGUGGUGUGGGUGGGCGGGCCGUCGCACGAGUGGGGCUCGGCCAACGUGCUCGACGGCGCCGUGCUGGCGGCGCGGGCGCACUUGCUCGUCGUCACUGUUAACUAUAGGCUAGGUUUAUUAGGUUACUUAACAACCGGCGUAAAGUCGGACGAGGUCCAACAAUCCGGCGGCGCCGCGGUGCUGGACGUGGCGGCCGCCCUGACCUGGGUCCAGCGCAACGUAGCCGCCUUCGGGGGAGACCCCAGGAGAGUCACCCUGGCUGGCCACGCGGCGGGAGCAGCUCUGGCCAACGCCCUACUCAUGAUGCCAGGCAGCAAGGGUUUGGCGUCCAGGGUUUUACUUCUUAGCGGGUCGGCUCUAAGCCCGACCGCCUUAGCUCCCGAUGCGGCCCUAGCAAGGGAACACACAGCGCAGGCCUUGCGCUGCACUCCAGAAUCUUCAUCUGAUGAACACUGGUUAGCAGAAUGUAUCCGCAAGCGUCCUCUAGCAGCACUUCUCGCAGUGGAGGCGCCCAGGGCUCGCUUCUUAGCCGGGUGGGCGCCGUCGGUACCAUUCAUAAGGGACCCGGGCCAGGCGCCGACCAAAGCGUUACAUUCCAGCGAAGCCUUCCUCGAGUGCGCUCUGGCAGUGGUAGUGGCUACGACUGAGAGCUAUCAGUUCUUCAGCGAAGACGAUAUUAGGCAUGGAUUUGAAGAGGAACACAGAAACCGUAUCCUCCGCACUUACGUCCGGAACGUGUACCGUUACCACCGCAACGAGAUCUUCGCCGCCAUCCGCAACGAGUACACGGACUGGGAGAAGCCGAUCCAGCACCCGAUCAACAUCCGCGACGCGACGCUGGAGUCCCUCAGCGACGCGGCGGUGGCUGCGCCCGCGCUCAGGGUCGCGCAGUUGCAUGCGCGGCGCGGCGCGAGGACGUUCUUCGCUCAUUUUGCUCAUCAGAGCAAGGAUGCUGACUAUCCGCAGCGCCUCGGCAGCGUCACCGGCGAGACUCUCCCCUACUUUUUGGGUCUUCCCCUCGUCGGUGGCUUGCAGUCUUCUCCCAGGAACUACUCCAGAGGGGACGUGGCUGUAGCUGAAGCAGCCGUAGCCUUGGUAGCAGCCUUCGCCAAGACCGGAGACCCUUCGCCCAGGAUGGAUGAGAGGCAUCAUGAGAACAGCAUCGCCUGGCCGAGAUACGAGCUCAAUACGCAGCAAUAUCUAAGCAUAAGUACAAAACUGCGUGUGAAGAGUCAUUACCGCGGCCACAAGAUGGCGCUGUGGUUGCACCUCAUCCCCCAGCUCCACAGACCUGGAGCCGCGCCCAAACACCACCAGUUCAGAUCCGCGCACCCCGACAUGUUCGCUGGUGAAAUAUUCCCCGAGCUGUACACAACUGCUGCUUUGGACGAAGAGGAAGACACCACUGAAGCUGAAGAGCCCCCAGAUGUGGAGGAGUGUGAGCCUUCUCCAUCACCACGACCAGCGCUGUCUGCCCUGCCCGCGCCGAGACCCACGCCCAGGGAAGAUUCUUUGACGCUAGACUCACAAUACUACAGCUACACCGUGGCCCUGGGGGUGACGGUGGGCGCCGGCUGCUUCCUGCUGGCCCUCAACGUGCUGGUGUUCGCGGGGAUCUACCUCCAGAGAGGCAGGAGGCGCGCCACCCAUCGGAGGCCCAGGAGAGAAGGAAGCACUAGCAGCCGCGCCCGGGCUGGCUCGUUGAACAGCGAGCCCAUUGCCAUGGCGUCGCCUCGCAAGAGCACGCUUAAGCGCAGCAGCGAGUCGGAACUAAAAGAGAGACCGACCAACGCCGCUCCGCCCGCAAAAAAACGAGUGCAAAUACAGGAGAUCUCAGUAUAGACGAGUUCUGAGUGAAUCAGUGCCAAUG